AUGGAUGAUCUAGCUCUCCUCGACCUGCUGGAGUGUCCUGUGUGCUUUGAAAAGCUCGACGCCACAGCCAAGGUGCUGCCCUGCCAGCACACCUUCUGCAAGCCCUGUCUGCAGAGGAUCCUGAAAUCCCAGAAGGAGCUCAGGUGCCCCGAGUGCAGGACCCUGGUGCUCUGCAGCAUCGAGCAGCUGCCCUCCAACCUGUUCCUCAUUCGCCUGCUGGAUGGAGUCAGGUGUGGACAAAACGCUGCCAGGUUUGGCUCGAUCCAGAGGUCAGGGGUCCUGUCGUCCCCCGCCUCCAUCAGGAGAGGCCCCCGGGCGCUGCCGCUCCACCAGCACCGGCUGGCGACAAACCCCAGGAUCCACAUGGACGGGGUCCCGCGGGCCAAGGCCCUGUACACCUACCGAGGACACAACCCCGGGGAGCUGCGGUUCAACAAGGGGGACAUCAUCGUGCUGCUGCGACAGCUGGAUGAGAACUGGUACCUGGGGGAGGUCAACGGGAUCAGCGGCGUUUUCCCAGCCAGCUCUGUGCAAGUCAUCAAGCACCUGCCCCUGCCACCGCCCCUCGGCAGAGGACUCUACAGCGCUGACCUGAGGAGCCGGGAUAAGGCCGAGAACAAGGACUGCCUGACGCUCCACAAGCCAAACACCACUGCGAGGCAGCUGCUGCAGACCAGCAAAAGCCACUGGUCCCCCCAGUUUAAGUCCGCAUCCCUGCGAAUGGCGUCACCCAAAGCCAAGGGCGCAGACUCGCCGGCCUUCCCCAAGGCGCCCGACUCCCGGCGGAAGAGCCUGCGGCAGUUCUCCAUCACCACCGCCCUCAACACCCUCAACCGGAUGGUCCACGUCAGUGCAUCCUACUACGCUGCGCCAGGGUCGCUGGGGCACUCGGCAGCCAUCGUCACCCUUCCCCAUCUGCAGCACCACGUAUCAGCCUACAUGUGCGUGGCUCUCCAUCCCUACGUGGCUCACGGACCCGACGAGCUGGAGCUGCAGAAGGGAGAAGGAGUCCGCGUCUUCGGGAAGGACCACGAUGGCUGGCUGCGGGGCAUGUCCCUCGUCACCGGGAGGGCCGGCAUCUUCCCCAGCAACUACGUCGCGCCCCUCUUCAGGCCAAACCUCUCCCACGAGGCCUCGCCGGCGCUGGCGGUCAGAGGAGGGGAAAGCAGAGCUCCCUCCGUCUGCAGCUCGGUGACCCUGGAUGCCAGAGACCCCCCGGCAAGGAGCGAGGCAGCUCCAAAGCCACCGGCGUCAGCCCCGCCGUCCAUCCUGGUGAAGCCGGACACCUCCCGCAACAGUGCCGAGAAGGUACAGCCGGGGUGA